UGGACCAAUGGCGAAGGGCGCAUGCCAAUCGGAGGCCAAGGAGGAGUUAAAUGUCAACUAGUCAAAGAUGGAGGCUGGAGUGGGGAAGCCGUGAGAUUCCUGUAAAUUUUCUAAGGCGGAUACAAUGCCUAAGAUUUAAAGAAGGAAUGUUGAUAUGUAUCGUUCUGUUUCUACUGCCCUCUGUGCUCUGUUAUGCAAGCCUGUGAUGGAGAUCUUGGGCGAGUUUGACACUGAGUCCCCGCUGUACCUCUCCUUCUGCCAACGGGUUUCUCCACAGGACUUUGAGAAACAGUCCUUGAGCUACACCCAGAUUUCCCUUCAAGACCUUUAUACUGAGAUUGAGAGGAAUCCACAGAUCUGCGAGCCGGUGCUACAGAAGAGGAGGCAGCAGCGAGCCACAGAGGAGACCAGCCUUACCUCCUACCUGAAGGCCAAGUUCUCUUCACUAUUUAACUACACGACUCCAAUGGGAAUGCAAGAAUUACGAGAAGAAGCUGAGCAGCUCAAACAGGAGAUGCAGAGGGCAAGGAACUAUGCUUUGGCAGCCAAGUGGACCUCCUCCUGGCCUCUGGAGCAGAGGGAAUGGACCAGCAGUCAUUUUGACCCAAAUCCAGCCAGUAUGGUAGAACUGACACCACCACCAAUGCCCAGGAUCUUUGGCCCUUAUCCAAGUCCGGCCGAGAGGAACCCCUCAAGUUCAAAUCUGUCCCAACCAAGCCCCUUGCCUGUCAAUCAAAAGAGCAUGGUCGAUCACCACCCCUUGAUGCUCAACCCCGGGGAGCAUCACUCCUUGUUUUUGGGGUUCGAUCCCCUCUACUGGACAAAGGACUCCUGUUUUUCAAGGACAAUGGUCAGCCACCCAGCUGGAUCUUUGACCCCUGAAGAUGACACAAAGGAAAAGGACAUUGCUAGCCCUGACCCUAGACCUCCGGCCGCAUGAGAAGCAAAUAAAAGCCAAUAAAAGUCCAAUGCAAGAGACUGA